AAGAAGGUAUGCCCCUUUUUGAGUGAGCUUUGGCUUACGCUUGAGGGUUGGUUCAAUCUUAGCCGUCCAUUUAUAAACCCCAAAACCCUAUUUGUGCUGUCUGCCCCUUUCUCCCUCUGAUUUCAUUCCCCAUGGGCACCUUGCUCGAUCAAGCUCUGGGCCUCCAAACCACCAAUCAGGCAUUGCCACGGGGUAAGGUUUUCCUCAUCAAGGACGGCGUUCGUUGCCAUGGCAGUUUUGUGUUGCACCAUCUCCUCACCCGCGCUUUGCCAUCUUCUCUGGUUCUCUUUCUCGCUCUAGCCGAGCCUUUCUCUCACUACGAUCGCAUUCUCAAGAAACUUGGGUGCAAUUUAACAGCACAAAGAGAAAAUAAUAAAUUCCUUUUCUUUGAUUUGCUUCAGCUGGGGUCCCCAGGUGUGGAAAGGGAAAGUCUUGUUGAAGGUGGGCUAUUUGAAUUGUAUGGAAAAAUCCACAAAGUUGUUGAAUUAAAUGCUGCAUCAAAUGGCAAUGGAAACAUAUGUAUCAUGAUAGAUGAUGUGUCCCUUUUGGAGAUAGCGGCUCGUGGAUUCUUAGAUUCUGUCUUAAACUUUCUGCAUUACUGCCAUGCAUUGACCUCUGUUCAGGGAUGCUCGCUUGUUCUGUUGGGUCAUGAAGAUAUUUAUUCAAACAUGCCACACCCUAGAUUCCUAUUUCAAAUAGAGUACUUUGCAGAUGUCAUGAUAAGUGUCAAACCUUUGGCGACAGGUUUAUCAGCUGAUGUGCAUGGGCAGUUGACUGUGUUGAAUAAAGGGAGCUUUGAUGAGCAGAGCCUUUCCAAGAACAAGAUUUGUAAUUUCCAAUUCAGGAUCAAGGAAAACAGUGUGGAAUAUUUUUAUCCUGGAGCAAAGAUUUGAGCAGGGGCUUUGAAGUUUCUGGCUUUCUGAAUGUGAUUUAUCUGGUUUUCAAGGGUUUCUAGGCUUCUUCCUUUACACUGUUUCAUGCCUUGUUUUCCUUCUUAUGUUAGACUCAAAGACAUUUAUGGUUGUUCAUUUGGUUUCUUCUGAUAGGUUUAUUGAUGCAUCUUGUUAUUAACUGGGAACUUUUCUUUUCCUGUUCUUUCUCCAUGGUCUGUUGGUUAUAUGAGAUUUACAACUGUUGGGGUUCUUAAACUAUUUGGCUGUUUUUAUUAUUUUUCACUGGGCUUUGAACUGCAGAGUUUGAUGUUGCUUUUUUUCUGUUUUUAAAUUUUUUUUUUCUUCUGUCUGCUUGUCUCAAUUGAUUUUCUGCAUGGUAGAGUCGUUUUUUUUUUAUGUGUAUGUGCAGGCUCUUAUGCCUGUCACUUUUCCAAAUGACUUUUGGAUGGCACAAUAUUAUUUUGAUUCAUUACAUAUGCAGAGAGGAGGAUUUUCCAAAUGGCUUUCUGUUUUAGGGUUUCACUACAAAUGCAGAGAGGAGGAUUGUAGAGGCUGUUCAAGGAGAAGAGAUUGCUGCUCUGAGUAUUGGGAUCGGGUGGAGGGGUUUACUAGAACAAGUGGAGAGGUUUAAAGAUGGUGUUAACAAAGCUGAAAACAAACCAGGAAGGCAUUGAUCGUGAUGAAAUUUACUCUUGGGUUCCUUGUGAGAAGGGCUUCCAAUUUCUCUGGCGUAUAGAAUGCCAGAUUGCUCGCCCAGCUUUCGAUGAGUUCCUGAAGAAAUAAAUUGCAACUUUUAAGUUCAAGUCUAUCGACUCCGACACUUUUGUUCUCAAGGCUAAUGUUCCUGGGAUAGAGAAAGAAAUCGAUUUGCAGUUAUGGGUGGAGGGUACAGGCAUUCCUUCUGAUGCCAUGGAACAUGUUUCUACUCUGUAUGUGAAGAUUGUCUCCUUGUCACAAGAUUUUGUGUUGGGAAAGCUGCCCACAGAGGAGGAUGUGUUGGACUGGCGUGGCCAAGAAUGGGAGCUUUACUUGGAGAACCUCCCCAAAGUUCUUGAUCCCUCGCAGGUUCUGGCAUUGGAUGAGUGAUAUUGAUUGGCCGAGCACAAUUAUUGGGAGGUGAAGGUGGCGUUUCUCACUCUAGCUGUUGCCUCAGGAUGCAGGGACUACUUUGGUAUGACGGAGAAAACUUUGAAAGAGGUUGGAAGGAUGAAAUACCUUAGGCCUCUCUAUACCGCACUGGUUCAGGGCAACUCCAAGGAAGAAGGGAAGAUUCUGGCGAAGAGGAUCUUUGCAGAGGCCAAGGAUAUGUACCACCCCAUUGCCCAAGGGGUGGUGGAGUCCAUACUUUUUAGGCACAUGUGAUCAUUCUUCUCACUCUAACAACACUUUCUUUUUAGCGGUUGGACAAAAGCAUAGUUUUUUGGGUUUUAUAAAUUAAUUUUUGAUUUUGGGCUCUUUUUGAUGGGAACGACAGCGUUGCUGUGCUGUGUAGGAGAGAAAGUAAUACUGAUUCUUGUUGAAACUAUGUUAUCUAGAUCAUUUCUGUCGUUUUUCCGUUUCUGUGUAAAGUUGAUGAAAACAUAUAGAGCAUGAAUCACGUGUAGGAUGGUAACCAUUUGGAUUAUUUUGGUUGAAUUUUUGGGCUGGUUUCAGAUAU